UCCAGAAAGCCCAUCGUCAUGGCGCCUCGUACCCGACUCUUGCUCUCCCUCCUGCUGUGUGUCGUCCUGAGGGGCCCCGCCACCCUGGGCCAGGAGGAGCGGGACGGCCCCAGGGCCACCCUCGCGCCCCCGGGAGGGCUCAGCGAGGAGCAGGGCUCCCGGGCCAGUCCCAGCGGGGCUCCCCAGGAUGAGGAGUCCAGCUGGGGCCUCAACUCCAUCCGGGACGGCUUCCAGGCCGUCAACGGCUACUUCGACUCCAUCGUGGAGGUCAUGGGGGGUCGCAACGGAGUGUGUCAGUACCGCUGCCGCUACGGAAAGGCUCCUCUUGCUCGGCCGAACUACAAAACUCCUGAACCCAAUGGCUGCAGCUCCUCCCUGAUUGGAUUCCAGGUUCCUGAAAGCCUGGACAUGGGGAUCCCGGUCAUGACGAAGUGCUGUAAUCAGCUGGACCUCUGCUACGACACCUGCGGCUCCAACAAGUACCGCUGUGACUCCAAGUUCCGCUGGUGCCUGCACGGCAUAUGCUCCGACCUCAAAAGGAGCCUGGGCUUCGUGUCAAAGGUCGAAGCUUGUGAGACGAUUGCAGACACCCUGUACAACACCGUCUGGACUCUGGGCUGCAGGUCCUACAUGAACAGCCAGAGGUCAGCAUGCUUCUGUGAUGAAGAAGAGAAGGAUGAACUAUGAGUGGCCACCCAGAGCCUCAGAGCGUAGCAUAGAGCUGGAGUACACAACACACAACCGCACAGGAACACACAACACAACACAGGAGUACACAACACAGCACACAACCGCAUAGGAACACACAACACAACACAGGAGUACACAACACAGUACACGACUGCAUACGAACACACAACACAACACAGGAACACAUAACACAACACAGGAGUACACAACACAGCACAGGAACACAAAACACAACACCGGGGUACACAACACAGCACACAAUCACAUAGGAACACACACCACAACACA